CCCUCCAGAGUUUUCAACACUCGACAUUUCUCUCUGACAGCUGAAUGCUUGGGAUUUGUUCAGACAUUCCUGAUUUGGGGAAGAAGGAUUUUUUGCAGCCAUGUACCAACGACUAUGGUCAUGGUUGUUGUAUCUCUUCGGUCUAACAAUGCAAGUCUUCUGGAACUGUGACUACAAUGACAAGGUGACUGCUGGAAGCCUCAACAAGACCCAGUACUCCGGCAAGUGGUACUUCAUUAUGAUAGCUGCGGAUUCAGACAGUUCGCUGCUGAAAUUCGGGGCGAUGGACAGCGCCGUCUUCCUCCUCACGCCCAUGAAAGCCGAAGGGAAGCUUCUACUGCAGGGAGAGUUCCGCCUUAGCGAAACAACAAACUGCCUGUCUCGCCAGUGGACCUAUUACAUCAGCAAUCAGACACAGGAGAUGAUCCUCGAGGGACGCCCUGAGCAGAGGACAGAGAUCUUUGUGAAGGACGGAGAUGAUUACAUUAUGCUGCUGGAGGUACAGGAAGAAGGGCUGGAAACCUUCAAGAGGCUGAUGCUUUACGGCAGGUCGCCGACCCUGACUGAUGGCCUGCGGCUGGACUUUGAGCACCGUGCCCACUGCAUGGAUCUGACGUCAAUUUUCGUGCUGAAGCAAUCCCAAGCACCUUGCGAGAUUUCCUAAAUUAGUUUUGAAACCUUCCACACCCUGUGCAACAACGCCACACGAGGACAAUCCACAAACGCCUUCAUCUGCCCUUGGUAUCGUGUCCCUUGCGGAGUAAUAAUUACAGCUACGCGUUAGCAGUUCAUGAUUACCUUUGUUUGGCCAGAAUUUAGUUUUUAUUAGGGAACAGCAAAAUGAAAAAAUUGAAACUGUCCUACUGCCUAUUUUGAUCAGAGGGUUAAUAGAAUUGGAGAGGAAAAACCUUUUGGACCAAGACACAGAAGAGGUGGAGGAACUUAGUGGGUCAGGCAGCAUCUAUGAUGGGAAAUGAACAGUCAACAUUUCAGGUCAAGACCUUGCCCUCCAGCUCCUUUGUGAAUUGCUCCAGAUUUCCAGUAUCUAGUCUCCUUUCUCUUAUUUUUGUUAAGGAUGAGAUUGCUUUCUUCCUUCCACAGCACUACUACCCUCCUGACAAUAGGUGGCACUGCUGAGCACCUUUCAGCACAUUGACCCCUCUGCACCACCUGCAGGUGAAAUAAGGUAUUAAAGGAAUAAAGAAAAUGACUCCUCAUCCCUUUUUAAUUUUUUUCUCCAUUCAGUGCAAUCGUGAACAAUCGCCAGGUCAGAAAUGCUGAUCAAGUCAACUAGUUCCCAAAGAGAACUCUGAUAGGCCAAUCAGAUGGUUCACUGCUGCUCAGCAAUAGAACACAAAAAAUCAUAUGCACAAUUAAGAAACAUUAAAAAAAAGUAGAAAUACUGGAGUCAUUAUGAUCAUGAUGGAGUCAUGAUGAUCAUGACGAAGUCUGUUGGAGAGAGACAUUUAUAUACAUGCUGUCCUCCAUAAUUCAAAGAUUGCAGGGUGACAAAAGGAGCACUUGGAACUAAAAACUAAUCCCUACCAGGAGAAACAGCACCCUUAAUUGAGAAAGCCCUCGAACCUUGGGAACAAAAAGAUUCAGAUCAAAUUCAUACUCUGUGCAAGACUACUCACCUAGGGCUACAUUAAAGACUCCGUACUGGCCUUGAUGCAUUAAGAGCCUGAAAUGAAGGUCCAUUUGUAAACUGUGUACAACUCAAUGAGAUUCUCUGGUAUCCCUCCCAUCUGUCUGGUGACCCGUACUACAUUAAUUCCAGGCCAUGCAAAUCUUCCUUGGUUUUUAGAGACCAAAACUGUUAAACAAGAUCACAACAAAAGCACAUGUAACCCUCAAAAGGGCUUCCAAUUUCACCACUGUUUCCUAGCAAAAAAAGCCAAAUCUUCUUCCUAAUUGUAUUUCUCUUUUCUGCUCUUUGAAUCAGGAUACUAACCUCUCUCGCUCUACAAAUAUUUGGUAGUUUCUGUUUAAAAAGUUUUUUUCUCUUUUUAAAAAACUGAAAUGAAGAAUCUCACAUUUUCUCAAAGCCAAACUCCAUCUGCUGCCCUUUUGUCCAUUUGCAAAACAUAGAACAUUACAGCACAGUACAAUACAGGCAUUUCUGCCCAUAAUCUUCUGGCAAUCUUAUAACCUCACUAAGAUUAAGCCAAUCCUUCCCUCCUACGUAACCCUCCAUUUUUCUUUUAUCCGUGUUCCUAUCUGAGAGUCUCUUGAAUGUCCUUAAUGUAUCUGACUCUAUCAGAAUCAGAAUUGGGUUUAUUAUUACUGGCAUGUGUCAUGAAAUUUGUUAUCGCGACCCAGCACUGUGUGUAAAAAGAAAGUUAACUCUGACACCUCCCAUGCUUUCCUCCAAUCACCUCAAAUUUAUGCCCCCUCAUGCUUGCCUUGUAUUAAUCAAACUUACUACUUCUCAGACCCCCUAUGGCCUCCUCAUGACUCACGUUCCUACCAGCAAACUGGAUUGUGAUAAUGCCUUUUCAUCCAAGUUAUAAACAUAAAUUCUAGGGUACUGAGUACAGUGGGCACUAUAUUAAAGCUGUACAAGGUGUUAGCAUUUCCCAAUGCAGCCUCCUCUACAUUGGUGAGACCCAUUGUGUUGAUCCAUGGCCUCCUCUUGUACCAAGAUGAGGCCACCCUCAGUGUGGAGGAGCAACACUCUGGCUACCCUCUCCUCAAUUCCCCAUUCUGACCUUCUCACCUCCCUAUUACUUCCCCCUUAGUCCCCUCCCACUUCCCCUUCCCAUCAGAUCCCUUCUUCUCCACCCUUGACCUUUCCCACCCACCUGAUUUCACCCAUCAUUUUGCAGCCAGCUUCUUUCUCCUCCUCCCACCUUCUAAUUCAGGCAUCUCACCCCUUCCCUCUUUGUCCUGAUAAAGGAUCUCACCCCCGAAACAUUGACUGUUGACUCUUUUCCAUGGAUGCUGCUGGCGGGCUGAGCUCCUCCAGCAUUUUGUGUGUGUUGCUUUGGAUUUCCAGCAUCUGCAGAUUUUCUCAUGUUUAAGAUGCUAUCAAGACUGUGUGUAGCUCUGGUCAUCAUACUACAGGAUGGAUGUGAUUAAGCUAGAGAAGAUUCGCAAGCAUGUUGCAAUGACAUUAGUUAUAAGGAGAGUUGUGACCAUUUUCCUCGCAGUGGAAUUGACUGAGGGUGACUUUAUAGCGGUUUAUAAAAUCCUAAGGGGCAGAGUUAAGGAUCAUGGUUGCAAUCUUUUUUCUCAGGAUAGGGGAUUCUAAAACUAGGGGUCUAGGGGCUUAGCUUUAAGGUGAGAGGAGAAUGAUUUAAAGGUGGUCUGAGAGACAGAGUGUGGUGGGUAUGUGAGACAAGCGGUCAGAGGAAGUGGCUGAACUAGCAACGUUUACAAAUAAUUUUGACAGGUACAUGGAUAGGAAAAGCAUAGAGGGGCAUGGGCCAGAGUCAUUAGGUUAAAUCAAGUAGGCACUGAAUUGGCAUGGAUGAGUUGGGUCUAAAUGUCUCUUUCCAUGCUGUACAAGUCUGACUCUGAUUUUAUGGCACCCAGUAGUAGCAGUCUGACAACCCAAAAGAAAAAUUUUGAUUAAAAAAACACUUUACCUAACACUUUCUCUAUGCUAAUAUGCAAUUUCUGCCAUGCCCGCAGAUGUUGGAAAUCCAUAGCAACACACACUAAAUGUGGAGAUACUCAGCAGGUCAGACAGCAUCUAUGAAGCUGAAUAAAAAGUCAACAUUUUGGGUGAAAACCCUUAAUCAGGACUGAAAAGGGGGAAGACACCAGAAUAAAAAGGUGGGCAAGGGAGGGAGGACCAGCUAGAAGGUGAUAGGUGAAGCCAGAUCGGUGGGAAAGGUGAACGGCUAGAGAAGGAGGAACCUACUAGUUUCUGAAACAACCCUUAAGCACAAUGUUAACAAAGGCCUUUUGAAAAAUCCAGAUACGUUACAUCCAAUGUCCUCCCUGUCCACACACGUCAAAUAUACCAGAUGUCAAAGGAACAGAAAGGUAUGAUAGCAAGAUGCAUGGGAGGAUGGUACACCUAUAGAGAUAGACAUAGAAACAAGUUCUUUGGCCCACUGUGUCCAUAUCAACCAUUUUGCCCACCUGUAUAAUAAAACUUUCCUGCAUUGAGGCUAUAUUCUUCUAUGUCUUGUUUAAUUAAGUGUCUAAAUGUCUCUUAAAUGCAGUAACUGCACCAGAUGUUAUCUUAUUUAAAAGCCAGUUCAAGACUCUAAACAAAAACUUACCUCAGAUCCCCUUUGAAACUCCAUCCUGUCAAUGCCCACUUGUUAUCGAUUCCCCCUAUGACAAGAAAGAUUUUUCUCUUUCUGUGCUACUUAAGAUUUGUUAUAUCUCCAUUUGAUGCAUCCUUCGCUGCAGAGAAAAGAAGUUCAUCCUAUCCAGUCCCUUCCCAAAACCAAAGAUCUCUAUCCAGGCAACAUCAUGGUGGAUCUCCCCUGCAUUUUCCAGUGCAACCACAACCUAUUUUGAACCAAUUAAACCAUAUUAGAUAUUGUAACAGAGGACCAUGUUAAUAAAUUCCCACAGACUUCCUUUGUUUGUCAUUUCUGGUUAGUCUUCUCCCACCUGCCCAUCAUUGCCGAUUCCCCUCCUCCUUCCCCGGUCCACUCUCCUCUCCUAUCAGACUUAUUUUCUUCCUUAGACCUUUAUCUUUUCCACCUAUUGUCUCCCAGCUUCUUACUUCAUCCCUCUUUCACCAUCCACACACCUUCCUCCUCUCUUGGUUUCACUGAUCACCUGCCAGUUUAUAGUCCUUCACCCCAUCCCACCCACCUUCUUAUUCUGGCUUCUUAUUUACUUCAAAGUUCAAAGUAAAUUUUAUUACAUGUCACCACAUAAAAUCCUGAGAUUAUUUGUUCUGCAAAUAUAUUUAGCAAAUCUACAGACAGGAUCAAUGGACAACAAACUGUGCAAAUGCAAAUAUAAAUAAGUAGCAAUAAAUAAUGAGCAAGAAAUCACAAGAUAAAGAGUUCUUAAUGUGGUACCGUUGGUUGUGGGAACACCAGAAGUAGAAUAAGUGUAGUUAUGCCCUUUUGUUCAAGAGUUUGAUGGUUGAGGAGUAGUAAGUUUUCUUGAACCCCAUGGUGUGAGUCCUGAUGGCAGUGGAGAGGAACAAGCACGACCUGGGUGAUGAGGAUCUUUGAUGAUGGAUCCUUCUUUUCUACGGCAACGUUUCAAGUGGAUGUGUUCAAUGGUUGAGAGGGCUUUACCCAUGAAGUACUGGGCCAAAUCCACUACCUUUUGUAGCCUCUGGCAUUUAGAGCAGCAAUGAGGGUCCUCCAUCUUUGGUGGUGUUCAGGGCUUCCUUCAACGUAUCAGUAUCUUCCUCUCGUCCUUCGCUACUGUCAGACAUGCAAGUCCUGGGUGGAAACUCAGGGAUACUGUCACACUCAGAUGUAGAAGAUUUCUUCAUUGCUGUUUCUGUAACAAUUUUGUUUUACCGGUCAGGGUUGUUAGCCCUGAGCUGAACCCCUGACCUGGAGGACUGGUGGACCACUCUUAGUCUGUCCUCUACCCUUUGACCUGUUUGGCAUGGGUGACCCUACCAAGAACCAAAGAAUAAAGCCACUGACUCCAGUUAAUAUUACUCUCCAGGUCACUGAGGCAUGUAAGCCUCCAAACCAUGACAAGAUUGUGGUCCUCCUGGAGGAUUCUGGCUUCUGCCCCCUUCCUCUACAGUCCUGACAAAAGGUCUCAGCCUGAAAUUUUAACUGUUUAUCCCCCUGCAUAGAUACUGCCUGACCUGCUGAGUUUCUUCUGCAUUUUGAGUGUGUGCUGAAGUUAGUUUUAUCUCUUACAUUAAACAGUUUUGGAAAUGGGA